CCGCAGUCAGUGACACUGCUCCAGUGACACCGCCAGCAGGUCUCCAGCGCCGCCCAGGUGGCCACCGGCAGCCCUCAGUGACCCUGUGACCCUGCAGUGACCUUGCAGUGGCCUUGCACCCGGCAGCCCAGCACCCCGUCAUGCUCCGCCUCGCCAUGCUAGCGCGCGCCCUGGCCGCCCCGCUGCUGCUCAUGACCCUGGUCAUGCUGGCCACGGCCCAGGCGGACCCCAGCGACCGCCCGCUCUCCCUCAGAGGUGAGGACGGCGUCGGCGAGUCCGGCCUGUUCCCGGACGGCGUGGGGCUGCUGUCCCGGCUGUCCCGGCAGGGCCGGUCCGGCGGCAUCUCGUCCGCCGCGGGCUUGGCCGGCAUGGCGCCCUUCUGGCCGCUGCGUCACCCCGCCCUGGAGGCGCGUCUGGACGCGCGCAAGCGGCACCGCGACGCGCCCGGCUUCCUGCACCCCGUGGUGCGCUUCGUGCAGCCGCUGUCCUUCAGCGAGCUGGGCGGCCCCUACGGCGGCGGGCCCCUCGGCGGCGACGGCUGGGCCGACGAGCCCGCCAGGCCCCUGCUGGACAACUUCAUCCGAGACACCCCGCUGGACAAGGCGCGGCCGCUGACCGCCGAGGAGCUGAUCCGCGCGCUGCAGGAGAAGCAGAUGAGGCAGUCCGAGGAGGCGGGCUCCAAGGCCAGCGCGCUGCGCUUCGGCGGCAUGAUGGGCAGGAAGAAGUAGGCGGGGCCGAGAGGCGGCCCGACUUCGGUCCUUCAGUUCCCUUCCACCUUCCUUCACUCAUUUCGAGAAUCAAAAGACUCUUCUGUACUAACUAAUGUAGAGUGUAACAUUAUUACCAUUUAUUGUUGUUGUUCGCUUCGAUUAGAUAGUCCCUGUUGUUUUUUCAAUUACUGUGAACUGCGACCGUCCCUCCGCGGAGGACCAAUAAUUAAACGCGGCGCGUUCUCUGUUUCUGUCUAUCUCUCUCUCUCUCUCUGCGCCGCGAGUCGCCGCAGAACCAUGCUGUAAGAGGAGGACAGACUUUUCCGGAGUGAAAUGACCUCAACCUGUAACAAACACCAGGAUCAAAGCAUGUCGUCUUCUAUUUUUAAUAAAAUAUCAACAUCCACGGCGAA